UUGUAGAACCUACUUGUCAGUUGUAAAUUUGGCUUUAAAGUGGAACCUAAGAAAUGAAGCCGAUUUUUAUUAUUUUUCAAAGCGUUCUUAUUGAAGCAGUUUCCCAGAGGGACCAGGGUCAAUCCUUUGGAAUACAACAACAACCUCAGCUUUUUCCAGGCCAACAGCAAUUUCCAGACCAACAACAGUUUCCAGGCCGACAACAGUUUCCAGGCCGACAACAGUUUCCAGGCCGACAACAGUUUCCAGGGCAACAACAGUUUCCAGGGCAACAGCAAUUGCAAGGACAACAACAGUUUCCAGAACAGUGGCUUGUAGACCAACGCCAAUUUCAAGGACAACCGCAGUUUCAAGGGCAGCCACAAUUUCAGGGACAACCUCACUUUCAAGGACAACCGCAAUUUCAGGAGCAACUGCAGUUUCAAGGACAAUCGCAAUAUCAGGGACCACCGCAGUUUCAAGGACAACAGCAAUUUCAAGGACAACUGCAGUUUCAAGGACAACCGCAGUUUCAAUCUGAACAAUGGUAUCCAAUCCAAGAAGGUGGUCCCAUUAUUUCAGAAAACCAAUAUCCAAACUAUCCGUUCCAAAACUCUCCUAAUCAACCAGGAUAUCCGGAAUAUCCCGCUAUCCCUGGAUAUGUAAACAAUGAUCAAAAAUAUCCUGUAUUUAAUGAUCAGGGAUAUCCAGUAGAGGUUCAGUAUCCAAUAAACUCAAAUAUAGAAUCUGGUGUGUAUCCUGUAUUUAAUGAUCAGGGAUAUCCAGUAGAGUCUCAGUAUCCAAUAAACUCAAAUAUAGAAUCUGGUGUGUAUCCUGUAUAUGAAGAAUACCCAGUAAACCAGUCUCCGAUCCUUCAAGCAGUACUUCCAAACCUAUGGACUGAAUGUCAAGGAUUGCAACCUGUUUAUGCAGUUAAUCAAAACAAUCAGUUUCCAAACCAGAUGUAUCCCGAUCAAAUGUAUCCCAACCAAAUGUAUCCAAAUGAGAUGUAUCCUGUGUAUGAGAAUCCAUGCAUGGACCCCUGCUUCUGUUAUUGGAAUCUGUGUGAAAAUCAGAAUCCUUGUCAACCAUGCACCGACACCUGCGGGGAUCAAAUCGAACUUAUUCCAUUUGUUCCUACCAAUGCACCCUACCCUCCUACCAAUGCACCCUACCCUCCUACCAAUGCACCCUACCCUCCUACCAAUGCACCCUACCCUCCUACCAAUGCACCCUACCCUCCUACCAGUGCGUCAAACCCUCCUACAAGUGCAUCCAACCCUUCUACUAAACCUGGUAUUCUGAGUACAACUGAAAACCCCAUAUGUAGCCAGGUCACGGCUCUGGUUUGGAUUCCAUUCGGAGAUUUUGAAUACUAUUUAAGUGUAACGAGUAAGGAUCUGAGUUGGCAUAUUGCAGACGCAAGAGCAAUCUCUCUUGGUACACCUACACACCAGGUUAACCUGGUCUCUAUUCAAUCUGAGAAGGAAGCUGAUUUCAUUGAAGGGCUAAUUCAAUGUCUGGACCCUGGAGUAGAUGUAUGGUUAGGAGGGAACAGUUUAGCAUAUAAAGGAGAAUGGGUCUGGACGGAUGGUUCUCCUGUCAAGGUUACGAGGUGGGAGUCCGGAGAACCAGAAGGAGUUGAUGAAGAGUGUAUGGGGAGUUCUCCAGGGAGAGGUUGGAUCUCCAGACCUUGUCAACCUACCAAACCUUUAUCAACAGCUUUUAUUGCUAAAAGGAAAAUUCAAAGUUCGGUAACAACAGCAAAUCCACCUAAACCAACAGCAAAUCCUCAAAAACCAACAGCAAAUCCUCCAAAACCAACAGCAAAUCCUCCAAAACCAACAUUAAAUCCUUCAAAUUCAACAGAUAGCUCCUCAAGGCCGGAUAUUAACACUAAACCCACAUCAAGACCAGACAUAGGUUCCAGUAUUCCAACAGAGGAUUCAGAUGAUUCAGAGUAUCCAGGUGGGGAUACUGACACAUCAAUAGAAUUCAGGAGUGAUAUUAAAUAUGUUGAUUACGACUCGUAAAUCUAAAUUUUUUAAAUGAUACCAAAACAAUAGAAUAAAUAAAAUUAUUUUGUUUA